GGCGGGGGCGGCGGCGGGCGGCCAGCAGGCGGCCGCGGGCAUGGGCUUGGGCAAGGACAUGGGCGCCCAGUACGCCGCUGCCAGCCCGGCCUGGGCGGCCGCGCAACAAAGGAGCCACCCGGCGAUGAGCCCCGGCACCCCCGGCCCGACCAUGGGCAGAUCCCAGGGCAGCCCAAUGGAUCCUAUGGUGAUGAAGAGGCCGCAGUUAUACGGGAUGGGCAGUAACCCUCAUUCUCAGCCUCAGCAGAGCAGCCCUUACCCCGGAGGCUCCUACGGUCCCCCAGGGCCACAGCGCUAUCCAAUCAGCAUCCAGGGUCGGACCCCAGGGGCCAUGGGAGGAAUGCAGUACCCACAGCAGCAGAUGCCGCCUCAGUAUGGACAGCAAGGCGUGAGUGGUUACUGCCAGCAGGGCCAGCAGCCUUACUACAACCAGCAGCCGCAGCCCCCGCACCUCACCCCGCAGGCGCAGUAUCUGCCGCCCCAGCCCCAGCAGCGGUACCAGCCCCAGCAGGACAUGUCUCAGGAAGGCUAUGGAACUAGGUCUCAACCUCCUUUGGCUCCUGGAAAACCUAACCACGAAGACUUGAACUUAAUACAACAAGAAAGACCAUCAAGUUUACCAGUUGAAGUCUUGACCUCGGAGGAUACCGCCUUUGGACUCAAGGACCUGUCUGGCUCCAUUGAUGACCUCCCCACGGGAACGGAAGCCACUCUGAGCUCAGCAGUCAGUGCGUCUGGAUCCACGAGCAGCCAAGGGGAUCAGAGCAACCCUGCUCAGUCGCCUUUCUCUCCACACGCAUCCCCCCAUCUCUCCAGCAUCCCCGGGGGCCCGUCGCCUUCUCCUGUCGGCUCUCCCGUGGGAAGCAACCAGUCACGAUCUGGCCCAAUUUCUCCCGCAAGUAUUCCAGGCAGUCAGAUGCCUCCUCAGCCACCUGGGAGCCAGUCAGAAUCCAGUUCCCAUCCUGCCUUGAGCCAGUCACCAAUGCCACAGGAAAGAGGUUUUAUGGCAGGCACACAAAGAAACCCUCAGAUGUCUCAAUAUGGACCUCAACAGACAGGACCAUCCAUGUCGCCUCAUCCUUCUCCUGGAGGCCAGAUGCAUCCUGGAAUCAGUAGCUUUCAGCAGAGUAACUCAAGUGGGACUUAUGGUCCGCAGAUGAGCCAGUAUGGACCACAAGGUAACUACUCCAGACCCCCAACGUAUAGUGGGGUGCCCAGUGCGAGCUACAGCGGCCCAGGGCCCGGCAUGGGCAUCAAUGCCAACAACCAGAUGCACGGACAAGGGCCAAGCCAGCCGUGUGGUGCUAUGCCCCUGGGACGAAUGCCAUCAGCUGGGAUGCAGAACAGGCCGUUUCCUGGAAAUAUGAGCAGCAUGACCCCCAGCUCUCCCGGCAUGUCCCAGCAGGGAGGGCCAGGAAUGGGGCCACCGAUGCCAACCGUGAACCGUAAGGCACAGGAGGCAGCUGCCGCAGUGAUGCAGGCCGCUGCAAACUCGGCACAAAGCAGGCCACCAUACAUUAGGUCGCCUGCUUAUCCCAGCCAGUCUGGGGCUGGCGGACGCCCCAUGUUUUCUUCCCAGCACCCCAACUAUGGCAACUCUCAGGCUCCCAUGAUGCACCAGCCUGACCAGUACGGGCAAGGCAGUUUCCCGGGCAUGAACCAGAGUGGACUUAUGGCUUCCAGCUCUCCCUACAGCCAGCCCGUCAACAACAGCUCUGGGCUCAUGAACACCCAGGCACCCCCCUACAGCAUGGCGCCCAAUAUGGUGAACAGCUCAACAGCAUCUAUGGGUCUUGCAGAUAUGAUGUCUCCUGGCGAAUCCAAAUUGCCCCUGCCUCUCAAAGCAGACGGUAAAGAAGAAGGCACUCCACAGCCCGAGAGCAAGUCGAAGGAUAGCUACAGCUCUCAGGGUAUAUCUCAGCCCCCAACCCCCGGCAACCUGCCAGUCCCUUCCCCAAUGUCCCCCAGCUCUGCUAGCAUCUCCUCAUUUCAUGGAGAUGAAAGUGAUAGCAUUAGCAGCCCAGGCUGGCCAAAGACUCCAUCAAGCCCUAAGUCCAGCUCAUCCACCACCACUGGGGAAAAGAUCACAAAGGUGUAUGAGUUGGGGAAUGAGCCGGAGAGAAAGCUGUGGGUCGACCGAUACCUUACCUUCAUGGAAGAGAGAGGCUCCCCCGUCUCCAGUCUGCCCGCGGUGGGCAAGAAGCCCUUGGACCUGUUCCGGCUCUACAUCUGCGUCAAAGAGAUCGGAGGUUUGGCACAGGUUAAUAAAAACAAGAAGUGGCGUGAGCUGGCAACCAACCUAAAUGUUGGCACUUCAAGCAGUGCAGCGAGCUCCCUGAAAAAGCAGUAUAUCCAGUACCUGUUUGCCUUUGAGUGCAAGAUUGAGCGCGGGGAGGAGCCCCCGCCGGAAGUCUUCAGCACCGCGGACACCAAGAAGCAGCCGAAGCUCCAGCCGCCCUCUCCUGCGAACUCAGGGUCCUUGCAAGGUCCUCAGACCCCCCAGUCAACCAGCAGCAAUUCGAUGGCAGACGUACAAGGCGACCUGAAGCCACCUACCCCAGCGUCUACCCCGCAUGGACAGAUGACCCCAAUGCAAGGUGGAAGAAGCGGUACAGUCAGCGUGCACGACCCGUUCUCAGACGCCAGUGACUCAUCGUUCCCAAAACGGAACUCCAUGACCCCGAGCGCCCCUUACCAGCAGAGCAUGAGCAUGCCUGACGUGAUGGGCAGGAUGCCCUAUGAACCCAACAAGGACCCCUUCGGUGGAAUGAGAAAAGUGCCUGGGAGCAGUGAGCCCUUUAUGACUCAAGGACAGAUGCCCACUAGCAGUGUGCAGGACGUGUAUAACCAGAGUCCCUCCGGAGCACUAUCCGGUCUGGGCAUGGGGCGGCAGCAGUUUCCCUACGGAGCCGGCUACGACCGAAGGCACGAACCUUACGGGCAGCAGUACCCAGGCCAAGGCCCUCCCUCAGGACAGCCGCCAUAUGGAGGACACCAGCCCGGCCUGUAUCCACAGCAGCCGAAUUACAAACGCCAUAUGGACGGCAUGUAUGGGCCUCCGGCCAAACGCCACGAGGGAGACAUGUACAACAUGCAGUUCGGCAGCCAGCAGCAAGAGAUGUAUAACCAGUACGGAAGUUCCUACUCCGGACCGGACAGGAGGCCCAUCCAGGGGCAGUAUCCGUACCCCUACAACAGAGAGAGGGUGCAGGGCCCCGGGCAGAUGCAGCCGCACGGGAUCCCGCCUCCCAUGAUGGGCGGCCCCAUGCAGUCGUCCUCCAGCGAAGGGCCUCAGCAGAGCAUGUGGGCGACGCGCAAUGAUAUGCCUUACCCCUACCAGAACCGGCAGGGCCCCGGGGGCCCGGCCCAGGCCCCGCCGUAUCCAGGCAUGAACCGCACGGAUGAUAUGCUGGUACCUGAGCAAAGGAUCAAUCACGAGAGCCAGUGGCCUUCCCACGUCAGCCAACGUCAGCCUUAUAUGUCCUCUCCCGCCUCCAUGCAGCCCAUCACGCGCCCGCCUCAGUCAUCCUACCAGACGCCUCCAUCACUGCCAAACCACAUCUCCAGAGCCCCCAGCCCCGCGUCCUUCCAGCGCUCCCUGGAGAGCCGCAUGUCUCCCAGCAAGUCUCCCUUUCUGCCCUCUCUGAAGAUGCAGAAGGUCCUGCCCACCGUCCCCACGGCCCAGGUCACGGGCCCGCCCCCCCAGCCACCCCCGAUCCGAAGGGAGAUCACCUUCCCUCCUGGCUCAGUCGAGGCAUCGCAGCCAGUCUUGAAACAAAGGCGAAAGAUUACCUCAAAAGAUAUCGUUACUCCUGAGGCCUGGCGUGUGAUGAUGUCCCUCAAGUCCGGUCUUUUGGCUGAAAGUACAUGGGCUCUGGACACCAUUAACAUUCUCCUGUACGAUGACAGCACUGUCGCCACCUUCAGUCUCUCCCAGCUGUCCGGAUUUCUGGAACUUUUAGUAGAGUACUUUAGAAAAUGCCUAAUUGACAUUUUUGGAAUUCUUACGGAAUAUGAGGUGGGAGACCCCAGCCAAAAAGCACUUGAUCACAAUGCGGGGAAGAGAGCUGACGGCCAGUCCUUGGCCGACGAGUCUGGGAAAGAGGAGGAGGGCACCGAGUGUGUGGACGAGGAGGACGACGAGGAGGACGACGAGGAGGACGACGAGGAGGAGGACGACGGGAAGACGGAGACCGAGGAGAAGAGCAGCUCGACUCUGGCCUCUCCCAACGCCACUGCGGAUCCGAAGGAAAAGCCCAGGCAAGCUAGCAAGUUCGACAAGCUCCCGAUAAAGAUAGUCAAAAAGAACAACCUGUUUGUGGUCGACCGAUCUGACAAGCUGGGUCGUGUUCAGGAGUUCAACAGCGGACUUCUGCACUGGCAGCUUGGCGGGGGGGACACCACCGAGCACAUCCAGACUCACUUUGAGAGCAAGAUGGAAAUUCCUCCUCGCAGGCGUCCACCUCCCCCUCUGAGCUCCACCGGGAGGAAGAAAGAGCAGGAAGGAAAAGGCGAUUCUGACGAGCAGCAAGAGAAGAGCAUCAUCGCAACCAUCGAUGAUGUCCUCUGUGCUCGGCCGGGGGCGCUGCCCGAAGAUGCGAACCCUGGUACCCAGACCGAGAGCGGGAAGUUUCCCUUUGGGAUACAUCAAGCCAAAAGUCACCGGAACAUCAAGCUGCUGGAGGACGAGCCCAGGAGCCGAGACGAGACCCCUCUCUGCACCAUCGCGCACUGGCAGGAUUCCCUGGCCAAGCGCUGCAUCUGUGUGUCGAAUAUUGUCCGUAGCUUGUCUUUUGUGCCUGGCAAUGACGCCGAAAUGUCCAAACAUCCAGGCUUGGUGCUGAUCCUGGGGAAGCUGAUUCUCCUUCACCACGAGCAUCCGGAGAGGAAGCGAGCGCCGCAGACCUACGAGAAAGAGGAAGACGAGGACAAAGGGGUGGCCUGCAGCAAAGACGAGUGGUGGUGGGACUGCCUGGAGGUCCUAAGGGACAACACGCUGGUCACGUUGGCCAACAUUUCCGGGCAACUAGACUUGUCUGCGUACACAGAAAGCAUCUGCCUGCCGAUUCUGGACGGCUUGCUGCACUGGAUGGUGUGCCCGUCGGCAGAGGCACAAGACCCCUUUCCAACCGUGGGACCCAACUCUGUCCUGUCGCCUCAGAGACUUGUGCUGGAGACCCUCUGCAAACUCAGUAUCCAGGACAACAACGUGGACCUGAUCUUGGCCACGCCUCCAUUUAGUCGCCAGGAGAAAUUCUACGCUACGUUAGUUAGGUACGUUGGGGAUCGCAAAAACCCAGUCUGUCGAGAAAUGUCCAUGGCGCUCUUAUCGAACCUUGCCCAAGGGGACGCGCUGGCAGCAAGGGCAAUAGCUGUGCAGAAGGGAAGCAUCGGAAACUUGAUAAGCUUCCUAGAGGACGGGGUCACCAUGGCCCAGUAUCAGCAGAGCCAGCAUAACCUCAUGCACAUGCAACCGCCGCCUCUAGAACCACCUAGCGUGGACAUGAUGUGCAGGGCGGCCAAGGCUCUGCUGGCCAUGGCCAGGGUGGACGAGAACCGCUCGGAAUUCCUUCUGCACGAGGGCCGAUUGCUGGAUAUCUCGAUAUCAGCCGUCCUGAACUCUCUGGUUGCGUCUGUCAUCUGUGAUGUACUGUUUCAGAUUGGGCAGUUAUGACAUCAGUGAGAAGGCGGCAUGUGUGAGUGAAAACUAGAGGCUCCCGUAUAACUGGCUGUUUUCUGUUCUUGUUUAUCCAGCGUAGGAAGAAGGAAAAGAAAAUCUCUGCUCCUCUGCCCCAUUCACUAUUUACCAAUUGGGAAUUAAAGAAAUAAUUAAUUCGAACAGUUAUGAAAUUAAUAUUUGCUGUCUGUGUGUAUAAGUACAUCCUUUUGGGGUUUUUUAUUUUGUUUUUGUUUUUGUUUUUUUUUUAACCAAAGUUGCUGUCUAGUGCAUUCAAAGGUCACUUGUUGUUUUUCACAGAUUUUCUUUUUAAUGUUCUUUUCCAUGUUGUAUUGCAUUUUUGGGGAAGCAAAUUGACUUUAAUGAAACAAAUUGCGGCGAAAGAUGCUAAGAUGGGACAAUUUCACCACACUGAGGCAAAAAAGGUGAAAAAGUGAUCAACUUCCUAGGCAUGUCAUUCUUCAGAUAAUGAAAACAAAACAAAACAAAACAAAACUGUAUCCCAUCACCCAAAGCUCUGUGCAAUAGAAACUACUUCUAGAGAUGUAGGAAUAGGGGCUCAAGGAGGUGUGUCAGUCAGUAGUCAGACUAUGAAAUGAUACUGGUUUCUCCACAGGAAAGUGGUUCCAUUAGGCUAGGAGCAAAAACAAUGUCGUUUGAAGUUAAGAGUGAAAACACAUACCUGACAACGAUCAACGGAAAUUGCUUCCUCACCACUACCGUCGGUCAUGUCUGCCGUCUGUCGUUGGACCUUCCACGUGACAGUUCUUCACAAUUCCUUUAAUCAUUUUUUAAAUAUUUUUUUUUUUUUACUGCCUAUGGGCUGUGAUGUAUAUAGAAGUUGUACAUUAAACACACCCUCAUUUUUUCUUUUCUCUUUUCUUUUUUUCUGGUUUUUUUUUUUUUUUUUUUAGUACAAAGUUUUUAGUUUCUUUUUCAUGAUGUGGUAACUACGAAGCGAUGGUAGAGUUAAAUAAUUUUUUAUUUUUAUUUUAUAUAUUUUUUCAUUAGGGCCAUAUCUCCAAAAAAAGAAAAAAAAGAAAAAAUACAAAAAACAAAAACAAACAAAAAAAAACAAACAAAAAAAGAGGGUAAUGUACAAGUUUCUGUAUGUAUAAAGUCAUGCUCUAUUUCGGGAGAGCAGCUGAUCACAAUUUGCUUCAUGAAUCAAGGUGUGGAAAUGGUUGCAUAUGGAUUGAUUUAGAAAAUGGUCACCAGUACAGACAAAAAAGAAAAAAAUACAACUAAAAGGAAGAAACACAACUUCAAAGAUUUUUCAGUGACGAGAAUCCACAUUUGUAUUUCAAGAUAAUGUAGUUUAAAAAAAAAAAAAAAAACUUGAUGUAAAUUCCUCCUUUUCCUCUGGCUUAAUGAAUAUCAUUUAUUCAGUAUAAAAUCUUUAUAUGUUCCACAUGUUAAGAAUAAAUGUACAUUAAAUCUUGUUAAGCACUGUGA